UUGGAUCUCACUAAUCUCAAAUUCUCCUUCUUUCGCUACAGACGUUCCCUGCCAAAAUAUCAUGUCUGUGCUCCCCCAUAUUUCUAGAUCAUCUCUAUCAUCGUCCGCUCGCAUGUCUCUUCGCCCUUUGCGAGUGGCCUCUCAGUCUCGUUCCAUGUCACUCAUUCCGUCUUCAUCACCGUCCUCUGUUCCUUUCUUUGUACCUCAUCUUGGCCCCUCCUCAAAGCAUGGUGUAUAUCCCACUCCGGGUGGAAAGGGUAAGGGUAAGGAACUCUUUGGUGGUGGGAAAGGGUUUGAUCCCGAAGAGGAAGUGGAUGAUCGGGAAUGGGAUAUGCGUGUCGCAAGGGCAAUGAUACACCUUCAAGAAACACUCCCGCAUUUCUUUAAUGCUGAGAUGACAGCAGCGACAAUGUUACCGCCUGACAUCUAUAGUCAGAAUAUGCUGCUCAAGCUACCAGCGCCGUUGCCUUUGAAGAUAUCCUCAUUGUCUGGCUAUUCAAUGGCGUUCUCUCUUACUCGCAAUGGCAUGCAAGCCUUACAUACAGAUUUGCGAUCAGAGAUGGAGAGAAUGACAUUCUCCCCAUCACCUCAAGACAUGGGACAAGAAAGCAAAAGAGCCGCAGUUUUACUUGCGAGAAAAGGGAUCCCCAGCCACCGUAUGAAGCAGAUCAGGGUCUUGGUCUCAGUAUAUGGCACCCUGCGCUUGCCUCCUCAUAAAGAGGCUAAAUGGCAUACAUCGUCUCUAUACACCUUCUCUCCCACAUCAGGUUUGAUCGUUUCACACGAGGUAGAGACUAUCAGGCCUCUUCCCGGAGAAGGGGUCGCGGAGUGGAUGAUGUCACGACUGCUUGGGUGGACUUCGAAGAAUGCAGGUCAUGAAGGAGCUAUACCAUGUCCUCGGACAGUGGCGUUACCUCCUGAACAUAGAGUGGCGCGAUUCAGGGAAGAGCGUGAGGAGAAGAGGGAAGACUGAUGGUGCAGGUCGGCGUAUUGUUCUGUUGUACACAUUCACGUUACUGCAUCUGUUUAGUUGUUUCGUAUGUAUCGUUAAUGUUUUAUGCAUUUUGAAGAUGAUUGAGUGA